AGAAGACUUGCAGACGCCCAAGUAGGACGGUUACCAGGAUACUGAGCUGAAGAGGGCACCGCGGGAGGGGUGGGAAGCCAGGAGCUUGCCCUCCGGCCAAGGAAAGGGGGCUACAGCACCAGCCCCGCUCUGACCAUGAUGUUCCCCGGCCUCCUUGCGCCCCCCGCGGGAUACCCUAGCCUCCUGCGACCCACGCCCACCUUAACACUGCCCCAGUCCCUUCAAUCCGCAUUUUCUGGCCACUCUAGUUUCCUAGUAGAAGAUUUGAUCCGCAUCAGCCGGCCCCCCACCUACCUGCCCCGCAGCAUACCCACUGCCAGCCUGUCACCCCCGAGGCAGGAGGCCCCCACAGCCCUCGCCGACUCUGGGACCUCGGACCUGGGCUCUCCUGGGUCCGGGAGCCGGAGGGGCAGUUCUCCACAGACCGCCCUCUCCCCGGCCAGCGAGCCCACGUUUCUGAAGUUUGGGGUGAAUGCCAUCCUUUCGUCCGCGCCCAGAAGAGAAACUUCGCCGGCUUUGCUGCAGAGUCCCCCUCCCAAGACGUUCGCCUUUCCAUACUUCGAAGGCUCGUUCCAACCCUUCAUCAGAUCCUCCUAUUUUCCAGCUUCCUCCAGCGUCGUGCCUAUUCCUGGUACCUUCUCCUGGCCGCUGGCCGCUCGCGGCAAGCCUCGCCGGGGCAUGCUGCGCAGAGCCGUGUUCUCUGACGUGCAGCGAAAAGCCCUGGAGAAGACGUUUCAGAAACAGAAGUACAUCAGCAAGCCAGACCGGAAAAAGCUGGCUUCCAAGCUGGGCUUGAAGGACUCGCAGGUGAAAAUCUGGUUCCAGAAUCGACGCAUGAAGUGGCGGAACUCCAAAGAGCGGGAGCUCCUGUCUAGCGGGGGCUGCCGAGAGCAGACCCUCCCUACAAAACUGAACCCUCAUCCGGACCUCAGUGAUGUAGGCCAGAAGGGCCCUGGGGAUGAGGAGGAAGAUAGUCCUGGUGCCAGCCUGGCCUACCAUGCACCCCCAGAUCCUCGACACCUGCUGGAAGGGCCACUGCCUGCCUCGCCAGCGCACUCGAGCAGCCCGGGUAAACCCUCAGACUUCUCUGAUUCUGAUGAGGAUGAGGAAGGUGAGGAGGACGAGGAAAUCACUGUGUCCUAGGAGCCCCUGCAGCGGCUCUGGUGCUGUUGCAAUUGGAAACUGGAGAGGGAACGCCCACGUGGCCACCUCUGUACAGGAUCCAGGAUCCUGCCUCUUCUCAGAACAGAUCCACCACCUCCUCAGGGGUGGCGCCACCCUUUCUGUUGUUCCAGAGACAUUUCCUUGCUGCUGCCACCUCUAAAUAGCCCUUCCCACAGACGUGUGGGUCUUUUUCCCAAGGGCAACAUUGGAUCUAUUUAUUGCAAAUUAUUUUACACCGUGUGCAGGGCGUGUAUGGAGAGGGGUGUCUCUAGUCUCGCUACCAGCGCUUACCGUGAGCCAGGUCCUAUCAAACACCACGCCUCUGACCCUUAACUUCCUGGAUGGCCACCUUUCCGGAAGUAUCCGUCAGCCAUCCGGGUCUUCUCACAUAAGAGAUUCCACAAGAGAGUGAGGGCACAGCCACGCCUCCCUGCCUAAGGGAAAGCACUAAGGGGUUUUCUUGAUGCUUCUUUGGCGGGAGGAAGUGAUUUCUCUCUGUAGAGAAGGGCGUGUCUCUGUUUCUAUGCUACUUUGAAACAUUUAAACUUUCUCUACACCUAGGACAUGUGCGCCCCGGCGCUCUGCUUUGUGUUCUUUUGCUAUUUCAAGGGGAGCCUUUUGCCGAACUGCCAGCUGGCACUGGGGUGUGGACUUGUCUGCCUCUCUGACGCGCUUCACCCAGCUUUGCUGUCCAUGCGGCUUCCAUGCGUUGUGCUCUACUGUGUAUCUAUAUUUUGUAUGGAUAUUUUAUACGGAGGUUAUUGUGAAUGACCACAAUGAAGGGCUGGCUGCGUAUUUUUCUCUGCAAUGGUCUUUAAAGUUUGAAAGGGUAGCUGUGUAACUUCAUAAUUUAUAAGGAAAUGCUUAUUUUGUAUUUUUUACCAUGUACAGACUUUUUAUAUAUGUAUAUAUGUAUCAAAUGGACAAAUGCCAAAUAAAAAGUAGAAUG